AUGCUCAUACUCGACUGGUCUUAUGUAUUCGAUCGAGAACAAAUUGCUGUUCUAUGCUCAUGGAUUGAUAGUGUACCAUUUACGAGAAAAAAAAGAAAAAUCGAAAGAGAUUUCUCUGACGGAGGUAUUCGUUCGUUAUCUUCAUACACCACUUUAAACAUGUCUUGGGACAUCGAAUUGGACGAUCAAUUAUUACAAGAUUUGUAUGCAUGGAUUGAUCAAAUACCAUUAAGUCGACCUAAGAGACGCAUUGAGAAGGAUUUCGCUGAUGGUGUUAUGAUCGCAGAAUUGAUCAAAUAUUAUUUUCCUAGUUGGGUGGAUUUGCAUAAUUAUGCCGCGGCGAAUAGUACUCAACAGAAAUUAGUUAAUUGGGGACUUUUAAAUCGAAAAGUUUUUUGUCGAUUUGGUCUCAAUGUUCCUGAGCCUGUUAUGCGUGGUAUAUGCCUUGGCCGAUCGCGUUUAAUUGAAAUUUUCCUUUACAAUUUACGAACGAAAAUCGAUGACUAUCUUUACGGAAUGGAAACGAAUCCCAGUGAUCCUCAAUAUCGCGCACUCCAUCAAAAAGCGAAAAUAACGGAAGCGAAUGCGGUCACACCUCGAUUUUCACCAUCAGGCGAACCGAAUUCGUAUGGAAAUAUGCAAUCAUCAAAUAAUCAUAACUAUUCCGGAGUACAGUAUUACGAACAAGAUUCCGCACCAAAAUCACGAGUACCUAAUGACAAUGGGCAGAAAAAAUCUUCGUCGAUGCAUAAUAUCAGUGCAGAUAUGGUUAGUCGCAUUGAAUACGAUGAAAAGGAGCAAGAAUGUUUAGCGAAAGAGGAACAAAUUCAAAUUUUACAAGCGAAAAUUCGUCGUCUGGAGCAUUUACUUCAUUUGAAAGACGUCCGAGUCGAAGAUUUAUCGGAUAAACUCGAUCGAACACGUGGUUUACCAGGCGGUUCCAAUCGUCCGCAACAACAAAUACCCAUGGUUUACAACGGACGAAAAUAA